GGGUGGUUUCGGAAAGACUUCACGAACUAUCCGAUCAGUAGCAAAUCCCCGGCGUGCGAAGCAAAAGUCUCCAGAGCGGGGGUGAUGGAAGAUUCCCAUUUUAACUCUUCAUACUUCUGGUCUCCUGUGCAGGGACAGGUAAAGGAGCAGUUGGGUCAGGAUAAAAGCCCCACCUACUCACAUGGCCCCGCCCACUACCCAGCCACAGCAGUUGUGGCAGUUGCCGGGGGUGCCAUGGAUACAGCAGGAGGAAGAACACUAAAACAGGAGCAGACACAGCCAUCCCAUUCCUCACACAGUAUCACAGUAGUGCCGGUACCAACGACGGGCAUCAUGACUGCAGCGGGUUUGGUCACUUUGGUGUCUCCGGUGUCCUCUGCUCAGUCCUUUAUUCCUGGACAUGCAUCCACCACUAUGAUAACAGUACAGACAGACAAGAAAAAUGAAUCCGUUCCAGGCUCACCGGUUAUCAUACCAAUACCGGCGAAAAGGGGUAGGAAGAAGAAAUCCAAUCUCCCCUUAGUUGGCUUCACUCAGGGGUCAGACCCCUUGAUUUUGGGUCUUGCAGGACAGCAUCAUUCUGCCAACCUCUUCAGUCUCUUUCCAGAAGAGGGGAAUGCUGGGAAGGAGGGUGGGAAAACAUACAGAGCCGGAGUCAGUGAUUUUCUCCAGAUUGCUUGCAUUAUCUUUUAUUUGGCUUUUUCUUUAUUUGUCACACCUCACCUUUCACUAUUGAUCAUCCAUGCUUGUAACUUCAUCUUGUCCUGUUUUACUCCUUCAUUUGUACUUUCUCUUAUCCCAUGUUCUUCUCCUUCUCUCUCAUACCUCCGUCCUUCCCUGUGGUGCGUGUGUGUGUGUUUUUCUGUCUGUAGGUGCCGGAUGUGUGGUUUGACGUUUUGCAGUAAAUCAGACAUGCAGCUGCACUCCAAGUCGCACACGGAGGCGAAAGCUCACCAGUGUCCGCACUGCUCCAAAUCCUUCGCUAACACCAGCUACCUGGCCCAGCACAUCCGCAUCCACAGCGGUGCCAAGCCCUACAGCUGCUCCUACUGCCAGAAGGCUUUCAGACAGCUCAGUCACUUACAGCAGCACACACGAAACCACACAGAAACCAAACCUCAUAAGUGUCCUCAUUGCUCAAAAUCCUUUGCCAACACAAGUUAUCUUGCUCAGCACGUACGAAUACACACGGGAGUAAAACCUUAUACCUGUAACUUCUGCCAGAAGACCUUCAGACAACUCAGUCACUUACAGCAACACCACAGGAUCCACACAGGAGACAGGCCAUACAAAUGUACACAACCAGGGUGUGAGAAGUCUUUCACCCAGCUCUCAAACCUUCAGUCUCAUCGGCGUCAGCACAACAAGGACAAACCUUACAAAUGUCACCACUGUAACCGUGGCUACGUAGAUCCAGCCAGCCUUGAAGUCCAUCUGUCCACUCACACGGUCAAGCACGCUAAGCUGUACUCUUGUGGUCUAUGCAAUCGCACUUAUACCUCGGAGACGUAUCUGAUGAAACACAUGCGUAAGCAUGCCUCCGAUCUGGUUCAAGCUCCACUUGGGUCAAACCAAGCAAGCCACAGCCCCGGCCGCGUUGGCGGAGGAGGAUCAGAUGGAGAAACGCACAGCCGAGCUGAGAGGAGCGACAGCUACACCUCGUCGCCUGGUUUGCCAUGUGUGUUUGACAUAAACCAAUUCAAAUCAGUGACUUCUACAGAUGCGCAGUAUAAAACUGUCAGCGUGUCUGAUAUCUCCCCUCACAAAGAUCUCUGCAUUACUGUGGAGGCAUCGGCUAUACAGGUGGAACACCUGAACUCAUGAAAAAUCCUUCAGAGCGAGGGAUGAGGCUUUGGAGAAACUAUUGAAAUUGACUUUUUUACAGAGCUGUGGAUAUAAGCAGUUUUCCUUACUCAAUGCCUUUUGUAAUUGUAUGAGGCUGCACGUAUGGAUGAGGACUUCAAUGGAUGAAAGUGAAGGAAUCGCACGAUAGACUUUUGUACUUUUUUGCUUUACAUUUUAAAAAAAAACAUUUACGGCAAUCUUGAUCUUCCUUUAAGACACUGGCUAUUUUUAUUGGCUACAUAUGUGCUUAAUAAGUAUAUAUCAAGGCUUUCCAUAACAAAUGUGGUUUAUUCUGAUCUGCAUCUGUAGAUGUUGGUGGAAUAGCUGCACCUUCAACAUUAUUAUUGUUACUGUCAAGGUAAAGGAAAAUAUUCUGUCUUUUUGUUAAAAAGUGAAUUUGCAGACGUUUGUAUUGAGCAGAAAAGCACGUAUAUAUGAUUCUCAAGUGUAUUGUGUGUGAGUAAAGAUAGACAAAUAUAAUUUGUGUAUCAACUGGCAGAUAUCUUAUCAGAUGGCUUGUGUUAUUCUCAUCUACAGGCAACAUGUGAGGUUCUUUUUUAUUACUAUGUUACUAUUGUCAAAAUAACAGCUGUGAAAAUGCACAUUAAACCUCUAAAAAUAAACUAAAUCAGUUUAGUGCAUAGUCCCGGCCACGCCUCCGGGCAUCGGUUUCAGUCAUACAAAAGCAAAUCCAAUCUACUUUAAUGAAGGACGACUGUUAUCUCUUAAAUCAAUGGUUAAGGUCACAACUAAACUAUUUAUUUCCCUCAAACA